UUGAGUUCGAGAAGGGAGAAACAACAGGUUCGCACCCACAAGAGCCUUCGCACCUAGAAGAGUUCUCGACAUUGCGACGCUCAGAACCGACGCCCCUGAAAAAUCUCAACCCUGCUCAGCAAGAAGCAGUACUUGCAGUAUCUCCAGUGCCCUCGUCCGGAGCGCUCGCAACAGGUUCGUCAAUGGUACCCGGGAAAAAUAGCCACGACAAAGGAG